GGGCCGGGUCGGGAGCUCCAGGGGGCAAGGCUGGGACCUGGCUGGGCGGAGAUUCUGAGGGCGGGGUCCGGGGGAGGGUCUGGGAGGGGGAGGGCUCUAUGGGCGGGAGACGAUUGCUGGGGGGGCCUGCUGGCCCGGACACCACCUGGAGUUAGAUGUGGAGGGCAGCCCUCAGCCCUCAGCCCCAGCUCCUCAGGGGACUCCACUCGCCCUCCCUGCCCAGGUUACGAGGUUUCUCCUCGGCCUCGUUCCCGCUGCGCCCACUCCUGAAAGCUCCGGAGAUGCUGAAGUCUGGACUGUUAGUUCCCGGUCUCCUCUCCAUGAACUUUCUCCAAACCCCUGGGUUCCAGCUUCCUCCCUUCUGCCCCUUUAUGGGAAACGGUGACUGCAACUCGGGUCUCUUCCCAAUCCCGGUGCUGCCUGAUCAGCCCCGGUUUGAAUCCAGAGCUGAGAGUGAGGCUGGGAAGGGGAGGGUGUGAAUGGCCCUUGAGCUCCUGCUACCACAGCCCACCACAAGGAUGAGUGCCUGGAAGAGCGCCCAUCCCUCGGGCUCAGCUGUGAAGGCUCCUCUGCCUCCAGGAUGAAGGGAGCCCCUGGAGUAGCAUGUGUCAUUGUGCGUGCUGGGGUGUGGCCGAGCACCUGUGCCAGUGUUGUGAGACUUACAGUGAGAGUGUGCAUGUGUGUAAAACAGGAAAGGGGGGUGUCUGGGUGUGCAUGUGGCUCUUUCUGAGGACCCCAGAGCAGGAGUUGAUCCCCGCCAUCCGUGACCCCCUGAGAGACUCACUCUGGGCCCUUUUUUGGCCCUGGGACCAAAGGUGAACCCAGGAGAAGGAGAGCCCGGCCCAGCUCUGGUUAACAGCAGCCCCCUUCCUUCCCUAGGUGGAAUGACUCUACAGGAUACUCGGAGGGAUAUCAGGUUUAGGAGACCGAGGCUGCAUUCCAGCCCGGGUGUCCGGGUGUGCUCAGAGCUCUGCUGGGACCAGGAUAGACCCCGGAUUCCCCUGUGGAGCCUGUCACUGCCCCUCCCAGCCGGACUCUGGGAUUAUUUCAUCCGGCUUAGCUCUGCCCCAGGGCUGGGGGAGCUGGCUCCCCCGCCCACUCCUUCCAGAGGGUCCUCUCAUUCCUCAGCAUAGGCUCCCCAGUUCUAGACCCCAGAGACUCUAGGAGACCCUCGAAGAAGGAGACAGGGUGGGCCCUGCUCCACGGUGAGAGCACUGGGGGAGCAAGAGGCUGCCCAGGCCCCCACGUGCUUCUCUGGGACAGUCUCUCCACCCUCCAGCCACACAUAAUCAUCCCCAGCAAGAAACUGGACCCUGGAGAAAAGGGUACAUGUUGCCCACCCAUCUCCACACACUCAGGAACCCCAGCUACCCUAGAAGCGCUCCUGCUUACUGCCCCCCCACUCCUGAGUUUGGGCAAGAGAGGGGCGGGAGGCAGGGGAGCACCAUCCAGGCAGAAGUUCAAGGCUGGAAGACCCCAUCAGUCAUUUACCCAGGAGCUCUUAACCUUUUCAUGGGGUCAUGGCCCUCUUGAGAAUCUAAUAAAAGUUAUAGAACUGUCUUCAGAAAAAUGUGCACAUACAAUUUCAAAGAAUUACUGGAGUCUGAGACCUAUUUGUGCAUCCCUGGGAAGUCCCUGAAAUUUUUACUGGGAAGGAAAUUGAGGCCCAGAAAGGGAGGGUGGCUUGCCCAGAGCCCCAUGUUAAUUUGUGGUAGUGCCUGAGAGUGUGAAAAUACACACACACACAAACACACACACACAAACGGAAACAGAUGCACUGGAAGGGGACAGGAAGGAGACUGUUUCCAGGGAGAGCUGGCCUCUGAGGGGCUGGUGUGGCAGGUCCAAUCCGGUUGUGAGCAGCUGGUGCCCUGGGGCAUGAGACUGGAAUAAAGACUCCUCAGCCCCCAGAACUGGCCACUGGGCUGCGGGGAGGCUGCGUGGGGCAGGAGAGAGCACCGCUGGCCUCUCUGUGCCCCCUCUGCAGCAUCGCCUCUCUUGAGCCCAAGCCUCACGUCCCCCAAAGGUGCCUCGGGGGUGAGGGCACCAUGCUGCUCCCUGCCCUCCUCUUUGGGAUGGCGUGGGCCCUGGCUGACGGGCGGUGGUGUGGGUGGACAGAGACCAUCCGUGUGGAGGAGGAAGUAGCACCCCGUCAGGAGGACCUGGUACCCUGUGCCAGCCUUGACCAUUACAGCCGCCUGGGCUGGCGGCUGGACCUGUCCUGGAGUGGCCACGCGGGGCUUACCCGGUCCCCAGCGCCUGGGCUCUGUCCUAUCUACAAACCUCCAGAAACCCGGCCUGCCAAGUGGAACCGGACAGUGAGGGCUUGUUGCCCAGGCUGGGGGGGCGCCCACUGCACUGAGGCCCUUGGCAAAGCCAGUCCUGAAGGCCACUGCUUUGCCAUGUGGCAGUGCCAGCUACAGGCAGGCUCAGCUAAUGCCUCAGCAGGAAGCCUGGAGGAGUGCUGCGCCUGGCCCUGGGGACAAAGCUGGCGGGAUGGCAGCUCCCAGGCCUGCCUCAGCUGCUCUAGCCGACACCUGCCAGGCAGUGCCUCUUCUCCAGCCCUUCUGCAGCCCCUCGCAGGGGCUGUGGGCCAGCUCUGGAGUCAGCACCAGCGUCCCUCGGCCACCUGUGCCUCCUGGUCGGGCUUCCGCUACCGCACCUUUGACGGCCGCCACUAUCACUUCCUGGGCCGCUGCACCUACCUGCUGGCGGGUGCUGCGGACUCCACCUGGGCUGUCCACCUAACACCCGGGGACCCCUGCCCCCAGCCUGGACACUGUCAGCUGGUCCAGGUGACUAUGGGACCCGAGGAGGUGCUGAUCCAGGAUGGAAAUGUGUCUGCGAAGGGCCAGCUGGUACCUGAAGGGCAGUCUUGGCUGCUCCACGGGCUGAGCCUGCAAUGGCUGGGGGACUGGCUGGUGCUGUCAGGGGGCCUGGGGGUCGUGGUGCAGCUGGACAGGGCUGGCUCCAUCUCCAUCUCUGUGGACCACGAGCUCUGGGGACAGACACAAGGCCUCUGUGGGCUCUACAAUGGCUGGCCAGAGGAUGACUUCAUGGAGCCAGGCGGAGGGCUGGCCAUGUUAGCAGCCACCUUUGGAAAUUCCUGGAGGCUCCCUGACUCGGAGCCUGGGUGUCUGGAUGUGGUGGAGGUGGCCCAGGGCUGUGACGGCCCCCUGGGGCUCACAGAGGCAGAUGUAGAACCUGGCCACCUGCGGGCUGAAGCCCAGGACGUGUGCCAUCAGCUGCUGGAAGGUCCAUUCGGGCAGUGCCAUGCCCAGGUUUCCCCUGCUGAGUACCACGAGGCCUGUCUCUUUGCCUACUGCGCAGGGGCCAUGGCAGGCAGCGGGCAAGAGGGGCGGCAGCAGGCUGUUUGUGCCACCUUUGCCAGCUAUGCCCAGGCCUGUGCCAGGCGGCACAUCCACAUUCGCUGGAGGAAGCCUGGCUUCUGCGAGCGCCUGUGCCCUGGGGGCCAGCUCUACUCCGACUGCAUCUCCCUCUGCCCACCCAGCUGCGAGGCGGUGGGUCAGGAAGAGGAGGAGUCCUGCAGGGAAGAGUGUGUGAGUGGCUGUGAGUGCCCGCGAGGCCUCUUCUGGAACGGCACCCUCUGUGUGCCUGCUGCCCGCUGCCCCUGCUACUACCGCCACCAGCGCUAUGCACCCGGUGACACCGUGCGCCAGCUGUGUAACCCCUGCGUGUGCAGGGAUGGCCGCUGGCACUGUGCCCAGGCCCUAUGCCCCGCCGAAUGUGCCGUGGGCGGGGACGGGCACUACCUCACCUUCGAUGGGCGGAGCUACUCCUUCCGGGGUGGUCAAGGUUGCCGCUACAGCCUGGUGCAGGACUACGUGAAGGGACAGCUACUGAUCCUACUGGAGCAUGGGGCCUGCGACGCUGGGAGCUGCCUCCACGCCAUCUCCGUCUCCCUGGAGGACACCCACAUCCAGCUCAGGGACUCAGGAGCUGUGCUGGUCAAUGGGCAGGAUGUGGGCUUGCCCUGGAUUGGCGCUGAGGGCCUCAGUGUGUGCCGAGCUUCCUCCGCCUUUCUGCUGCUGCGCUGGCCUGGGGCCCAGGUGCUCUGGGGACUCUCUGACCCUGCAGCCUACAUCACCCUGGACCCCCGCCAUGCCCACCAGGUGCAGGGUCUGUGUGGCACCUUCACCCAGAACCAGCAGGACGACUUCCUGACACCAGCCGGAGAUGUGGAAACUAGCAUUGCUGCCUUUGCUAGCAAGUUCCAGGUGGCCGGCAAGGGAAGAUGCCCCUCUGGAGACAGUGCCCUGCUCUUUCCCUGCACCACCCACUCCCAGCGCCACGCCUUCGCAGAGGCGGCCUGUGCCAUCCUGCACAGCUCUGUCUUCCAGGAAUGCCACAGGCUGGUGGACAAGGAGCCAUUCUGUCUGCGCUGCCUGGCAGCCGUGUGUGGCUGUGACCCCGGCAGGGACUGCCUGUGCCCGGUGCUGUCUGCCUAUGCGCGUCGCUGUGCCCGGGAAGGUGCCUCAUCUCCCUGGAGGAACCAGACCCUCUGCCCUGUUAUGUGUCCUGGUGGCCAGGAGUACCGAGAGUGUGCCCCAGCAUGCGGUCAACACUGCGGGGAACCAGAGGACUGUGGAGAGCUGGGCAGCUGUGUGGCUGGUUGUAACUGUCCUCUGGGGCUGCUGUGGGACCCUGAGGGCCAGUGUGUGCCCCCCAGCUUGUGCCCCUGCCAGCUCGGAGCCCGUCGCUAUGCCCCUGGCAGUGCCACCAUGAAGGAGUGCAACCGCUGCAUCUGCCAGGAAAGGGGCCUCUGGAAUUGCACGGCUCGCCGCUGCCCUCCACAGCAAGCAUUCUGCCCCAGGGAGCUUGUCUAUGCCCCUGGUGCCUGUCUCCUCACCUGUGACAGUCCCAGUGCCAAUCACUCCUGCCCUGCAGGCAGUGCUGAUGGCUGUGUCUGUCCACCAGGCACGGUGCUGCUGGACGAGCGCUGUGUGCCUCCUGACCUCUGUCCCUGCCGUCACAGUGGGCAGUGGUACCUGCCCAACGCCACCAUCCAGGAAGACUGCAACGUUUGCGUGUGCCGGGGCCGGCAGUGGCACUGCACGGGCCAGCGGUGCAGUGGGCGGUGCCAGGCGUCAGGCGCCCCCCACUAUGUGACAUUCGACGGACUGGCCUUCACCUUUCCUGGGGCCUGCGAGUAUCUGCUGGUGUGAGAGGCCAGUGGCCUAUUCACAGUCUCUGCCCAGAACCUGCCCUGUGGGGCCAGCGGUCUCACCUGCACCAAAGCGCUGGCCGUGCAUCUGGAGGGCACUGUUGUGCACCUGCUCAGAGGCCGGGCAGUGACGGUGAAUGGGGUGAGCAUGAUGCCCCCCAAGGUCUACACAGGCCCCGGGCUGAGCCUGCAUCGUGCUGGCCUCUUCCUGCUGCUCUCGACCCGCCUGGGCCUCACCCUGCUCUGGGAUGGAGGGACUCGGGUCCUGGUGCAACUGUCCCCUCAGUUCCAUGGUCGCGUGGCUGGGCUGUGUGGUGACUUUGAUGGAGAUGCCAGAAAUGAUCUGCGGAGCCGCCAGGGUGUCCCGGAGCCCACAGCUGAACUGGCCGCCCACUCCUGGCGCCUCAGCCCCCUCUGCCCUGAGCCAGGAGACCUGCCACACCCCUGCACAGUGAACACACACCGGGCUGGCUGGGCUCGGUCCCGUUGCGGGGCGCUCCUGCAGCCGCUCUUCGCAUCAUGCCACGCGGAGGUCCCCCCGCAGCAGCACUAUGAGUGGUGCCUGUAUGACGCCUGCGGCUGCGACUCAGGGGGUGACUGUGAGUGCCUCUGCUCGGCCAUUGCCACCUACGCAGAUGAGUGUGCCCGGCAUGGGCACCACGUGCGCUGGCGUAGCCAGGAGCUCUGCCCCCUGCAGUGUGAAGGGGGACAGAUAUAUGAGGCCUGUGGCCCCACGUGUCCCCCCACCUGCCAUGAGCAGCAUCCUGAGCCCGGGUGGCACUGCCAGGUGGUGGCCUGCGUGGAGGGCUGCUUCUGCCCCGAGGGGACUCUGCUGCACGGAGGAGCCCGCUUGGAGCCAGCUUCCUGCCCCUGUGAGUGGGGCCGCAACUCCUUCCCGCCGGGGUCUGUGCUGCAGAAGGACUGCGGGAACUGCACGUGCCAGGAAGGUCAAUGGCAUUGUGGGGGUGACGGUGGCCACUGUGAGGAGCUUGUGCCUGCUUGUGCAGAGGGAGAGGCCCUGUGCCAAGAGAAUGGGCACUGUGUGCCCCAUGGGUGGCUUUGUGACAACCAGGACGACUGUGGCAAUGGCUCUGAUGAGGAGGGUUGUGCCGCCCCAGGCUGUGGGGAGGGGCAGAUGACCUGCAGCUCCGGCCAAUGCCUGCCCCUGGCCCUGCUCUGUGACGGCCAGGAUGACUGUGGAGAUGGCACGGAUGAGCAGGGCUGCCCGUGCCCCCAGGGCUUGCUGGCCUGUGCCGAUGGAUGCUGCCUGCCCCCGGCCCUGCUCUGCGAUGGGCAUCCUGACUGCCUGGAUGCCGCCGACGAGGAGUCCUGUCUGGGGCAGGUGACCUGCGUCCCCGGGGAGGUGUUCUGUGUCGAUGGCACCUGCCUGGGGCCCAUCCAGCUGUGUGACGGAGUCUGGGACUGCCCAGAUGGAGCUGAUGAGGGGCCCGGACACUGCCCCCUACCUUCUCUGCCCACGCCUCCUGCCGGCACCUUGCCUGGCCCCUCCCCUGGCUCCUUGGACACGGAGUCAAGUCCCCUGGCCAGCGCCAGCCCUGCGCCGCCCUGCGGCCCCUUCGAGUUUCGGUGCGGCAGCGGCGAGUGCACCCCGCGGGGCUGGCGCUGCGACCAGGAGGAAGACUGCGCCGACGGCAGCGACGAGCGCGGCUGCGGAGGGCCCUGCGCGCCGCACCACGCGCCCUGCGCCCGCGGCCGUCACUGCGUGUCCCCCGAGCAGCUGUGCGACGGCGUGCGGCAGUGUCCCGACGGCUCGGACGAGGGCCCCCACGCCUGCGGCUCCACCCAGCUGCCUCCGUGCCCUGGCCUCUUUCCCUGUGGUGUGGCUCCGGGGGUGUGCCUGACCCCUGAGCAGCUCUGUGAUGGGAUCCCAGACUGUCCCCAGGGCGAGGACGAGCUGGACUGCGGGGGGCUGCCAGCCCUUGGAGGCCCCAACGGGACAGGUCUUCCCUGCCCAGAAUACACCUGCCCCAAUGGCACCUGCAUAGGCUUCCAGCUGGUGUGUGACGGGCAGCCUGACUGUGGAGGGCCAGGACAGGUGGGCGCCUCCCCAGAAGAGCAGGGUUGUGGGGCCUGGGGCCCCUGGAGCCCAUGGGGGCCCUGCAGCCCGACAUGUGGGCCCGGGGGGCAGGGCCGGAGCCGCCGCUGCUCCCCACUCGGCCUCCUGGUGCUACAGAACUGCCCAGGGCCUGAGCACCAGUCUCAGGCCUGCUUCACGGCAGCCUGCCCAGUGGACGGUGAAUGGAGCGCCUGGUCCUCCUGGUCUGUGUGCUCUGAGCCGUGCAGGGGCACCAUGACGCGGCAACGGCAGUGCCACCCACCCCAGAAUGGGGGCCGCACCUGCGCUGCACUGCCCGGAGGCCCGCACAUCACCCGCCAGACCAAGCCUUGCCCUCAGGACGGCUGCCCCAAUGCCACCUGCUCUGGGGAGCUGAUGUUCCAGCCCUGUGCCCCCUGCCCGCUGACCUGUGAUGACAUCUCUGGCCAGGUCAUGUGCCCACCUGAUCGGCCCUGCAGCAGCCCUGGCUGCUGGUGCCCAGAAGGGCAGGUGUUGGGCAGCGAGGGGUGGUGUGUGUGGCCUUGGCAGUGCCCCUGCCUGGUGGACGGCACCCGCUACUGGCCCGGGCAACGCAUCAAGGCCGACUGUCGGCUCUGCAUCUGCCGAGACGGACGGCCCCGACGCUGCCGACUCAACCCGGACUGUGCUGUGGACUGUGGCUGGUCCUCCUGGUCACCCUGGGCUGAGUGCCUGGGCCCCUGUGGAAGCCAGAGCAUCCAGUAGUCCUUCCGGAGCCCCAACAACCCCCGCCCCUCCGGCCGAGGUCGCCAGUGCCGUGGCAUCCACCGCAAGGCACGCAGGUGCCAGACGGAGCCCUGUGAGGGGUGUGAGCAUCAGGGCCAGGUCCACCGUGUCGGGGAACGCUGGCGUGGGGGCCCCUGCAGGGUGUGCCAGUGUCUGCACAACCUCACCGCACGCUGCUCACCCUACUGCCCGCUUGGCAGCUGCCCCCAGGGCUGGGUCUUGGUGGAGGGGACGGGAGAAUCAUGCUGCCACUGUGCCCUACCUGGAGAGAACCAGACAGUCCAGCCCACGGCCACUCCUGCCGCAGCUCCGGCUCCCAGUCCCCAGAUCAGAUUCCCUUUAGCCACUUACAUUCUGCCUCCGCCAGGAGACCCCUGCUAUUCUCCCCUGGGGCUGGCCGGACUGGCUGAGGGGAGUCUGCAUGCAUCGUCCCAGCAGCUGGAACACCCCACCCGGGCUGCCUUUCUGGGGACUCCCACCCAGGGGCCCGGCCCUCAGGGAUGGCAGGCUGGAGGGGAUGCUUAUGCCAGGUGGCACACUCGGCCCCAUUACCUGCAGCUGGACCUGCUUCAGCCCCGGAACCUCACUGGCAUCACAGUGCCGGAGACUGGCUCCUCCAACGCAUAUGCCACCAGCUUCUCACUCCAGUUCAGCAGCAAUGGUCUACACUGGCAUGACUAUCAUGACAUCCUGCCUGGCAUCUUGUCCCUGCCCAAGCUUUUCCCCAGAGACUGGGACGACCUGGACUCUGCCGUAUGGACUUUCGGCCGCAUGGUGCAGGCGAGGUUUGUCAGGGUGUGGCCCCCCGAUGUCCACCACAGCGAUGUCCCCCUGCAGGUGGAGCUGCUGGGCUGCGAGCCAGGGUCCCCACCGGCACCUCUGUGCCCAGGGGUUGGACUCCGCUGUGCCAGUGGUGAGUGUGUCCUGAGAGGGGGCCCGUGCGACGGUGUUCUGGACUGCGAGGAUGGCUCGGAUGAGGGGGGCUGUGUGUUGCUGCCUGAGGGCACUGGCAGAUUCCAUUCCACAGCCAAGACCCUGGCCCUCUCCUCCGCCCAGCCGGGGCAGCUGCCGCACUGGCCCAGGGAGGGCCUGGCAGAGACUGAGCACUGGCCUCCCGGGCAGGAAUCCCCCACGUCCCCGACAGAGACAAGGCCCGUGAGUCCUGGCCCAGCCUCCGGGGUGCCUCACCAUGGGGAAUCGCAGAUGGUGACCACCACCCCCAUAUCCCAGAUGGAGGCCAGGACCCUGCCACCAGGUAUGGCAGCUGUGAUGGUGCUGCCCCCACACCCUGUGACUCCAGCGACCCCUGCUGGCCAGAGCGUCGCCCCAGGGCCCUUCCCACCUGUGCAGUGUGGCACCGGCCAGACGCCCUGUGAGGUGCUGGGCUGCGUGGAACAGGUGCAGGUGUGUGAUGGCAGGGAGGAUUGCCUCGACGGCUCUGACGAGAGGCACUGUGUGGCUGGGGCGUGGGUCCCGUGGGAGGCCUGGGGAGCCUGCAGCGUCUCCUGCGGGGGUGGCCAUCAGAGUCGCCGGAGAAGCUGUGGACCCCCACCCAAGAACGGCGGUGCCCCCUGCCCCGGGGCCUCCCAAGAGAGGGCACCCUGUGGCUUGCAGCCCUGCUCAGGUGGCACAGACUGCGAGCUGGGCCGUGUGUAUGUGAGUGCCGAUCUGUGCCAGAAGGGUCUGGUGCCCCCGUGCCCACCCUCCUGCCUGGAUCCCAAGGCCAACAGAAGCUGCAGUGGGCAUUGUGUGGAAGGAUGCCGCUGUCCCCCGGGGCUCCUUCUGCAUGACACUCGCUGCCUGCCUCUCUCUGAGUGCCCCUGCCUGGUGGGCGAAGAGCUGAAGUGGCCAGGGGUGUCCUUCUUCCUGGGCAACUGCAGCCAAUGCAUGUGUGAGAAGGGGGAGUUGCUGUGCCAACCAGGGGGCUGCCCCCUGCCCUGCGGCUGGUCAGCCUGGUCUUCCUGGGCUCCCUGCGACCGCUCCUGUGGCUCCGGAGUGAGGGCUAGGUUCAGGUCUCUCUCCAACCCUGCGGCAGCCUGGGGGGGUGCCCCGUGUGAAGGUGACCGGCAGGAACUGCAGGGCUGCCACGCAGAGUGUGGGACAGAGGUGCUGGGCUGGACGCCCUGGACUUCCUGGUCCUCCUGCUCCCAGAGCUGCCUUGCCCCUGGAGGGGGCCCCGGCUGGCGCAGUCGUUCCCGACUCUGCCUCAGCCCUGGGGAUUCAUUCUGCCAAGGAGAGGCCACCCAGGAGGAGCCCUGCAGCCCCCCUGUAUGCCCAGUGCCAAGCGUCUGGGGUCUGUGGGCUCCCUGGUCCACUUGCUCAGCCCCCUGUGAUGGAGGCAUCCAGACACGCGGGCGCAGCUGCUCCAGCUUGGCUCCAGGGGACACCACGUGCCCAGGACCCCACAGUCAGACAAGGGACUGCAACACGCAGCCCUGCACAGCCCAGUGCCCAGAGGACAUGGUGUUCCGCUCAGCAGAGCAGUGUCACCAGGAGGGGGGCCCUUGCCCUCGGCUGUGCCUGACACAGGGCCCCGGGAUAGAGUGUACGGGCUUCUGCACCCCCGGCUGCACCUGCCCCCCUGGUCUGUUCCUGCACAAUGCUAGCUGCCUGCCCCGCAGCCAGUGCCCCUGCCAGCUGCAUGGGCAGCUCUAUGCAUCAGGAGCAAUGGCUCGCCUGGACUCCUGCAACAACUGCACCUGCGUCUCCGGUGAGAUGGCAUGCACCUCGGAGCGCUGCCCAGUGGCCUGUGGCUGGAGUCCCUGGACCCCGUGGAGUCUCUGUAGCCGCAGCUGCAACGUGGGCAUUUGGCGCCGCUUCCGGGCAGGCACUGCACCCCCAGCUGCCUUUGGGGGUGCUGAGUGCCAAGGCCCCACCAUGGAGGCUGAAUUCUGCAGCCUGCGGCCAUGUCGAGGAACCGCACCCGAGGCAGCGGCCUGCGCAGCCUCAUGGAGUUCUCCACCUGUGGCCUGCAGCCCUGCGCAGGGCCAGUGCCUGGCAUGUGUCCCAGGGGCAAGCAGUGGCUGGACUGUGCCCAGGGCCCUGCCUCCUGUGCAGAGCUCAGCGCCCCAAGAGGGACUAACCAGACCUGCCACCCUGGCUGCCACUGCCCCUCUGGGAUGCUUCUGCUGUAGGCCAUCCAGGACAUGUGCAAGUCAGCGACACUACAGGCAGCUCUGGGAGCCAGUUUAUAUACCAACUCCUGAUGGUACGUCCAGCCUGCUGCCAAGGAAAGAAGCCAGUGCUGGCACCUGGAAGGCGCCUGGCGUGUAUGGGAGCACCAAGAGCAUGGGGAGAUGCACUGCAGCAGCCAGCACAGACCUACAGUCUGUUAUCACAGUCUCGCUCUCUGUAAUAAGGAGGUUAAUAAGGACUCUGGUCAUCUGCGCUCAUCUUCCAGUGCUACAAGUCAAGCAAAACUGUGGUGCCUGCCGGCUGAUUUCAUUCCCGGAAGCCCAAAGCUUUAUCAGCAGGUCACUUCCAGCACACAGAUAAGGAGAUUAGCCACGCCUCUCACUUCACCUCCAGCUCCUCACUUUUCCAGAAUUAUCAACUAUCCUAUUUCUGUUCAAAGCUGCCAGAAUUAACUGAGGGCUGCUCUUUGACGGCUUCGGCAGGGAACGUGGACCCUAUGGCCAGCAGGAGCAGCACCUCCCUCCCUCCACUAAGAAUCUGUGGCAUCCGUGUUACAGAAUGGAAUGUGCUAGAUCUCUCAGGGAUGUUGAGGUACGAAACAGCUCGGGAAGAUGGAACCAGAAGAUGGUUCGGGAAGCCUGGGAUCAGAGUGGAGAACGACAGAGCUCUUCAGCAUGGUCCUUUGGUUUCCCAAGCAGUGCCUGGCACCUCAUAAUGGCUCAAUGCUCGUCAUUCAUUGCCACUAUGAAAUAUUCCUGAAGGGCGUUUCCUCCAGGCUGUGGUAUUGUCUGGAGAAUUGUCGUGACUCCCUGCUCAAGCCUAUGACUCUAGGGCCACCAUCUCUGACCUCAGCACCAUCCACCCCCAUCGAUGCGCAGACUGGACAAGGUCUCGCUGGAGACUUCAUCCUGCACGCAGGUGCUGCCCUCUGUUGGCCAUACUCUUUGUGUGCAGCUUAACUUUUCUUGGUUACUUUUGCUUUUUUUUUCUCAGUGGCUUUGUCCUCCGUCUCAGCCUGGCCUCCAAGGCCACUUCCCGCUCUUCCAUUUGGUAUGGUUCAGGGCUGCCCUGCUCUCAGUCACAGCCCAUUUUUAGAGCUCUUUUGCAUCGUGUAGGUUCGUGAGCAUCUGUGUCAGAGGCUGAUAUUUACUGAUGUGCCUCCCACAUUGGAGAUGGUGUUGGGGGCGUGGGUGGGGUUUGAAACUGAGAACUCUAACAGAAGUUGGGUACGCAGUGACUGCGUCCAAACCCCUGCACCAAGAGACUGGACCAACCCUAGCAUGGCUUCUGGCAGCCCAAAGCGGCAUCCCUGGGACCACCUGGCCACCCUUUGAGUUCCUGUCUGAAAAAGCUCAAUGCUGUCAAAAUCAUUUAGUGUUUGUUCCUACCAACACCUGACAACAGGCCUCUGACCACCCCUUCACUUUCUUAGAGCAUUUACGUUAAAAACACUUAGAGUCGUA